UGCUAAGGAAGUUGUGGAUGCACAUGCGUGCGUGCGUGUGUUAUUUAUGCUAAUGAUUCAUAACAUGUUUGUGAUGUACUUUUAAUACAUUCCCAGCCAUGGCACUGGCUAUGGUUGAUGCUGUUUUAGCUCAAAUCAGAAACACCACAGCUGAAGAUGUUCAGAAUAUCUGUUCCUCUGCUCUCAUCAGCUUUAGUAUUCCUGAAAGACAUGGACAGUGUAUGAAACUGCUUCGCCAGCUUUUUCUGGUUCUGCAAAACUACAACGGCAAACUAUGUAUACCUUCAAAACUAUUGUCAAACCUCUUUCUAUCUGCUGUGGUGGUGAAGAAGAGUAACCGGGAAUGUCUGCUAUGUAAACAGAUCUUUAUUGAACUGCUGGCUUCAGAUGAGGAUGAAGAUGGUAACCAUAUGGCUGAGAUGUUCAACAACAGUGUUGAUGUUUCCAAGGCCAUCGACAGUUUACCUUUCUAUUUGGUACAGGGACAAAAGAUUGGUUGUUUGGCCAGGAUGGUUUCUGAAGCUGUAAGGUGGCUAUCUUCUGGCAAUGCUGAAAUCGACAAACAACGUAGAGCCUUCACGUUCAUUGUGGCAGUUGUCAGUCUUCAUUCUGAGAUCAUCAAAAGAGAUGACAUUGGUGAAGUAAACAAGUUUAUCUCAACAUGGUUAAUGGAGGCCAGUCGUUAUCAGGCUCCAAAUCCUUACACAAGGAAUUUGUUCAAGAAGGAGAAAACUACAUUGGUAUCUGAAAUUGAUGGAACUCCAAGUAAAAACUUCUUUACUGUUCUGAAUGUUGCCCAGUACAAUACGGAUGACCAAUUCUUGAACUUGUACACAUUUUCAAUGCUGUACCAAUGGCUGAAACACACCAUUCCAGUUGUAUCGUCAACAUCUGAUGAACUGCAGUCACUAACCUCUUCUCAGGGUACAUCCUCAAUCUCUCUCAGCCCAGCACUACCCAAAGAAUUUGCUCUUCUCACAAGCCGAGUCAUUGACUAUUGCUUUAGAGUCCUUGACCAGUGUGAGAGAAAACCCAAGAUUGCUGCUGAUAUUGAUUUCCAGAAUGCUUGCCUGAUAGAAACUGUGAACAUUCUAGAUGCUGUGUGUAAAGUUGACAAGGAACAGACCCCUAGGAUAUUUACGGAGAUGAAGAGACUCUUUACUAAUCUGACAACAGACAAUAACCGAACACCAAGAAUCCUUGUUAACCUCCUACAGUUUUACAUUAACCACAGUAGCACCAUGGUGCAUGAUCCUCAGUCUGCAUAUGACUUGUUCUUUGGACAACUCCUCAGCCAGAAAUACAACCAGUGUCAUUUUGUGUUCGACACUGUUAUGUUUUUACGAGACAACCUUGAAACACUGUGUUAUAAGACAAACAUCCUCUCAAAGUACUUCCCCAAUAUUUUUAAGAUCCUUGCUUGGAAUCCUCCAACAUUUGUCAAAGAAUUUGAAGACCUUUUACCUGCCAUGAUUACUCAGAGUACAGCACUUGAGGUAUUCCACCGUCUUUUAGAGCUUCCAUGUUUGACAGCACUUCUUGAAGCAAGUGAGAAAUUGAAGAAGGGUGAUGUAAACAGCAUUGAACCCGAUUCUUCUUCUGUCCAGGCCUUACAGAAAUCUGCAUACAACCCAUUAUUUAAUUUCAUCAUGAGUCCAGACAGUGGCCAUGGGGACACAAUCAACAGACUUGAUGAGCUGUACGAGGUCUUACAUGACAUGAGGGACCACCCACGUGUGAUUAACUGUGCUGAGGUUUUACCUAAAUUAUUAGGUGUGUAUUUUUCUGUGAUUCUGGAAGAUGGCAGCGAGGAGUUUACAUCCUGUUUGGUAUCAGUCCUUUUAGAGAGGGUCUCAUUGCUCUACGAUGUUCCUGGAUACAAGAGAAAUGUCAGGAAAUUGUUUGCUGACUACAUAGUGAAGCUGCUAAAACUUUAUCCUUAUAUCGUGAUCAAGCAGAGAGGAGAAAUUAUUGAUUACCUCAUCAAUACACACAAUAUGAAGGAUGACAGAUUCUUUAUGCAUCUGGUUUGGAGUGUUGGAGAGUUCUGCAGCUGUAGUCUGGAUAACAACUGUUCUGCUAAAAUCAUAUCAAAGUACUAUGAAGUUCUAGAGACACUGAUGUAUGAGUGGUCCAGUACCACAUUGACAUUAACCACAGAUGAAGAAUUCCCACCACGCCUCAUGUCCAUUCUUAUGUCAGCCACAGCAAAGCUGGCUUCUCGGUGUCAAGACCUCAUCCCUCGUGCUGUUCUUUGUCUAGGUAAGGUGUACAGCCAACUGUGUACUCCUAAUAACCUACCUAGAGAUACACGUAAUUCACUGUUGAGUACUGCACAGGAAUAUAUUAACUUAUUCAGCUUUACAAAUUUUGCCUCUGUGAUAUUGAACCCAUCCUCUGAGAUUCAAAAUGGCAGGUGUCAUCAAGACAAUAUGUGCCUACCUGUCAUCAUGAGAGCCACACACAACAUGGUGAUGACCGAUAAAAAAUGAAAUGAAGUCAUUAACUUUCAUUCCCUUUGUUCUACCACCAACUUCACCCUUACAUUUUCUUUAAUGAACAACAGUAUACGCCUCACACCUAUAUCUAUGUAUGCAUAACUGUGUAUGUAUAUAUAUAUAUAUAUAUAGGGGAAUGUGUGUAUAACGACAUUGGCCAGUUUUCAUUGAAUUUCAUUCAUCUUCUCCUCAAGGCCAGUUUUAGUGGUCUCUCAUUCUCCUUCAUCUACCAUCACUUCCAAAUAUGUGAUCCUUAUUUACCCAUUAUACAGUAUUCAUACUUGCUUUUCCUCUACAGUAUUUUGAUGACACCAUCUCUGUUCUAUUUCUUACAGUUUCUGCUUGUGGAAUUACAGUUUUUACCCACAUUUUUUUCUUUUUUACUUAUGGUAUUGUAUUUCCCACAUCUUUAACUUGUGAUAUUGUAUUUCUCACACAUUUUCCAGUUGUGACAGUAUGUUUUCUAUGAAUGCCCAUGACAUUCUGUGCUUCCCACAAGUUUCUCUUUUGGUCAUGUCUGUAUGCAAUCUACCUCCCUUGAAUUCCAUUACAUAAAACACCGUUUUACACCUUUAUGCAUUCCCCUUUCCCAUGACUUUACCUCCUCACACUGGGUGAACCACAAAAAAAAAAAAUAGGUGCAGGCAAGGCUAUGAGGGUAA